AUGGAAAAGAUUGGAAAGAGAUACAUUGGUAAGGUGGCUAUAAUCACAGCAUCAACUCAAGGUAUUGGCUUAUGCAUUGCUGAACGCCUUGGUAUGGAAGGAGCUUCUGUUGUCAUCUCUUCUCGCAAACAGAAAAAUGUGGAUGAAGCAGUAGAGAUGCUAAGUAGCAAAGGAAUUAACGUUUUAGGCGUUGUUUGUCACGUCUCCAAUGCAGAACAGAGGAAAAAUAUGAUAGACCUAACUAUUCAGAAAUUUGGGAAGAUAGACGUGAUUGUAUCAAAUGCAGCUGUUAAUCCAACACCGGACACGAUCUUAAACACCCAAGAAUCUGCCCUUGACAAGUUAUGGGAGGUUAAUGUGAAAGCUCCUAUACUUCUUCUCCAGGAUGCUGCACCCCAUUUGACAAAAGAGUCAGCCAUCAUAUUUAUCUCCUCAAUUACUGCUUAUCAGCCUAUGCCUUUGAUGACUAUGUAUGGAGUCACCAAGACAGCCCUUCAUGGUCUUACUAAGGCACUAGCAGCAGAAAUGGCGCCAAAUACUCGCGUAAACUGUGUUGCCCCAGGCUAUGUUCCUACACAUUUCUCAGGAAUCAUCACAAAGUCCGACCCAAUUAGGCAAAUCUUCGAGGAAGGGAUUCUACUUAAAAGAUUUGGAAGUACAAAAGAUAUAGCUGAUGCUACGGCCUUUCUAGCUUCGAACGAGGCCUCAUACAUCACCGGUGAAACUUUAGUGGUCUCCGGAGGGAUGCAUACUCGACUCUAAGCUACCGCCUUUACCUCCCCUCCUAGUCAUUAUACUGUCUAUUCUCCGUUGAGUCCUUAAAAAUUUAUGGAGCUUGAAAUAAAUCUUAGAGGUUAGAGUUGCAAAUCUUGACCUCUAGCCAGAUUAUAUUUGUUAUGUUCAUUUAAUCAACGUACACAUCAACAUAUUUUAAAUAUUUGUAGAGGAUGACAUGUUUCAUUUUUUUUUUUUUUUUAGGAAACAUAUGUGUGUAAUGUAAUAAAUGUAUUGUCCUAGUUACAACUAGGAAAUGCCAAAUUAAAUGUUGUCUAAUUCGAUCUUUUUUGUGUUGCUCAAACUCGAGUACCCAUGUUUGAUUUUAUUAUAAUGU